UCGUCAUUCGUGCGCUUCGAUCCCCACUAAACCCCAUCCCACCCGAGACUCCGGGACUUGACAUAAGCCAAGACAAAGAGAGAACUACCGACGCCACAUCCAACACUCCACCUUCCUCAAGAGGGCCCAAAGACGUGGUCAAUGAUCCCACAGAAAGUCCCUUGUUCCUAGAAAAUACUCCUGCCGAGGUGUAUUUGAUUGGCUGCGAUUUGACCAAAUUCACGAUCUCGCUUGUCAAAGCCUUUAACAAGCGAGCCCCUUUUCUCGUUGGAUGUAACCGUGCUCACGAGGAACACAAGAACACGAGAAACCCAACCGCCCAAGCAGAAAAUCGUACCAGAUCUACAGAUUCUCUUCACCAAGAGCUGUGCUUCAAACAUUCUCACCCUCGUGUCCGCUGUUCAGAUCACCAUCUAACCAACCAAAAAGCACACAUCGCGGAUCUCCCGCAAUACGAAGCCUAAAAAUACGAAUAUCGUUUCCAUGCCUUAGCGGCGGGACAAUGCAUCAUAGCUGCUUCUUUUCCGAGUACGACUGGUGAUUGGAUCAGACAAACUCGUACUUCCCAGAACGGUGGAGUUCGCGUCCACAUGACGGGUCCUUACAUUCCCAUUCUUUCCUGUGGGGGACGCCAAGGCAGUGAAAAAAUCCUUGUUGCAGCUAAGAGUCCUAUGAUGCAACUGAAUUCCCGAGUGGCAGAUGCAGGAGCCAGGGAUACUAGCAAGGGAUCAAUCGUGUUGGAUCCAAUGGGAGGUUUGUUUUAGGUGUUUAGGGUGAGGUAACCUUAACGACUUUGCGUUCGUGUGGGGCAUGGUGUCGGGCCUGUUAUCUGUUUCGGGGAGGAGAUGCUCCGAUGCAUUGAACGAAAAGCCAUAUAAUACUUUCUAUAUAUCUUCAUCGUCAUUCCCUGGUUUUCAAAUCUUGUUUCUUGUUCAGAGCAUCUUCUUCUUUAAACUUCGAGCAGACACUGAAUCUUCCUGGUGAAUAUUCUUUUCAACAAAACACAAAUAUCUACACUUCACUUACACAAACUUCUCAUACCUCAGCAAUGGAUAGCAGACAAUUCCACCAAGCCUCCAUCUCAUCCUCCUACGCAAACUCCCCUCCUAGCCGUGCCCUCUACAUUUCACGCCCCAAAUCUCAUCCUCAACCCGAAAUCAACUUCGACUUCAUUGACAAGAUGGCACGCGCCAAAGCCGCGAUGCUCGCCAUGGAGCAGCAGAGCCGGCCAACAAGCUCAAGCUCAAGCGCAUCGAUCCCCGAGAUUGUGAUCACGCCAAGCCUGGAGCGUAUCGUUGAGAGCGAUGAUAAGAAGUGAAUACAUGGACUGGAUUUUGAGAGGAGAUAUGAAAUAUAUUGGCCCGUCGACGCCGAGUUGAGUGCGAAGAUGGCGAGAGCUAAAGAGGAGAUGUUGGAAAGGGAACAGCGGCUUAAGGCUACUGUGGGGACAACGAGGGUAGUUGAGGGGAUGAUGGUUGGUUCGAGUCCGAGGUCGAGCACGGAGACGGUUGGGCAAGAUCAUCAGCGAAGUCAACUUCGGCAAUGAGAGACGAACGGCCAAGCAGAGCGAAAUGAGGAAGAUACUUUUGGACCGUUGUUGGAAAACAACUCGACAAUUCCUCGUCACAAGACGGAACGAGUUCUCUUGUUGAUAUAUAUGUGGCAUGAAGCCAGGAGAAUUGUUGGAAGGAGAGCUGGAAAGCCAGUUGUGCCAUGUUGGAAUGUAUGCUUGCGUAUGGAUACAGAAGUUGCCAAGAGAAUGCAUGUCGGGAAUUGUUCAAUAUUCUGCAUCUUUGGGACUGUUUAGGUGCUUGGUCAAGACACAGGUUGUCUACUGAAAGGAAUUGAGAUACCAUAGAAGGCUAUAUAUACUAAUAACUAAUGUUUAAUA